AUGCGAGAUUUCUCUUCGAGGUCGCAGCUUAGGGAAUGUCGGGAAGGACGGUCACGGUGUUGCGUGUAGAAGAGCAGCUGGUAAGCACAGAAUACACGGUGACAGUACUUCUCCGAGCGUACUUAGACGAGGACUUGACGACGAGUGAGUGCAGACAACGAGCUAGGGAUUUGAUCCACGAGCGUAGAGCUGAUGUACUGGCGCGAGUGACCUUCCAGACCUCGAUUACCUAUGAUGUGAUGAUAUGGUCUCAUGGUUAUAUGCGCUUGGAGCACUACCACGAUGAGACGGUAGAGGAGGCUAGAGCGAGGGUGAGAGGGGGUUAUGGUAUCACUGAAUAUCUGGAAAAGUGGGAGCUUCACGCCAGCCGGAGUCAGUGGUCGGAGGAAGAGAUUAUAGAGAACUUCCUAUUUAAUGUCGACCCAAGUCUUGGAAGAGAAGUUAAGGAAGCUCGACAGAAGGAUGGAAAAUGGACUACGUACAAGAAGAACCUCGUUGAGCUUUACAAAUUGGAGGAUAACAAGUAUUCCAUCAAGGACCUUGAAACGAUGACUCAAGAUGAAGAUGAGAGCGUACGGGCAUUUGGGAUGCGUUUCCAAAAGAUCUCCGACGUGCUGAUGAAGAAGGGGAAAAUCUCAGAGGUCGAACGCUGUACUAUCUUCAUCGGACACUUGUCCAAAGGUAGGCAAAGGAGUAUACUUAGAGAUCUUCCGCGCGACAGGCUUGAUUUCCCAGAAGUCCUAAAGCUUGCGAUAAAGGCAGAGGCAGACGAUUACAAGGACUUGGUGUGGAGAGGGAUGAGGAGACGAGACUUCUCUCUCUACAAGGAGUAUGCCACUGAUAGAUGUCCAGAUUUCAAGGACUAUCCCUGGUCGGAAAAGAAUGAGGCCGUGGCUGAGGAAGUGAAGGAGAUACGGGACAUGGUGAAGGGAUUAACGGGACAGGUUACAGAGAUUGUGACCGCUACAGGGGCCACGGCCUACCGGGACAAAUGUGAAGGGCCCUAUUCACUUCGCUGGGACCGUAGGAACAACGAUCCCUGGAGGAGUGUCGACGAUAGAAAUCCUCGGACGCUGACUGAUUAUCGUACGAGGGGAAGAAAAAGAGACGAUGAGCCAUGGCGACGUAGGGACGAUGAGAUAGACCGAGACCGCAGAGAUCGCGAGCCGUUUGUGCGAGCAAGGAGGCUGGAUGAUUACCCACGAAGCCCUCGCUAUGAGGCCGAUCAGGGAAGAGGCGACUCCCGCAGCCGAUGGGAGACAGAACAGAGCCGACGAGAUGGAUAUAGGGAUGACAGAUAUGAGAGAUCGGAUCGAGAUGGAUAUAGGGACGACAGAUACGAGAGGUCGGGUCGAGAUGGCUACCGAGGAAGUAGAUAUGAGAGAGGAGAUCGGGACUGGGAACGACAAGAUGGGUCGCGGGGACAGUUUGAGCGCGGGGGAGAAGCGAGAGAGCAGCGCGACGAAUCGCGGGGGUGGUACAACCGAGGGGACCGACGCGAUGAGUCACGAGGACGAUAUGACUCGGGGGACCGCCGGAAUGAUUCGCGAGGGCGGUAUGAACAAGGAGGGCUUGGAGGAGACCGGCGCAACGAUCCGCGCGGUCGGAAUGAGAGGGGGGGAUAUGGCGUCUCAUCAGAACCAUAUCCCAAGUCGCCUGACCCCAAGGCGGUCAGGAGUUCGAUCUCUAGAGGCGCAGACGACACGGCACCUACUCCGAGGAACUCAUGUGUCUACUGUAGAGGAGAAUAUCAUAUCAAGAGGGAUUGCCCGGACCUUAAACGGGCAAUAAAAGAGGGACUUGUCGUGCUUGACGACCGCAAGUACGUCAAGUGGGCAGAUGAUCUCGGAGAUGUAUCGAUGUUCCCUUCGAUGAAGGAGAAUAACGAAGCAAGGAGAAUAAAGACGAGUAAAGGAAUGGAGCCGGUCAGGAGCCAGAGCAUCAAGAUAACCAUUGAGGGGGACAUGGCGACCACACCCAUAAGGGUGGAAGCCACCAAGUCGGCGAGAGGGUCUACAUCGAAGAAAACUGACACGGAUUACGUGAUGGCGGAGAAGGACGGGCAGCGGGUCGAUGGAGAGGAGGUUAUUCUUUCGCCGCGAAAGCGGGGAGUGAAGAAGUUCUUAAUGAAGAGCUCGCUGGACGAGAUUGACACGGUCGAGCCAUUGAGGCGGGCCCUUCGGCAACCCAUGCAGUGCUCUAUUCUGGAGUACCUGGCGGCAUCGAAGCCGGCUCGUGAUGAGUUACAGAUGAUCACGCGGAAGACUCGCAUACCUCUAUCGGAGGAGGGUCACGCCUCCUAAGGUGGAAGCUUCUACAGUAACAGUAAC